UAUUUAGUUAACUACAUUUCCUACAAACAUGGUACUAAGAGUGAACAUCGACCAAAUAGAACCAGCAACACGAGAUUGGAUUUGCAAAGUUCAAAUUGUUGAAAUAGGACGCCCACGAGAAAGCCUUGACAAGAAAUGUACAUUCCAAAAUUUGAUUUUGGAAAAUGAAGAGGAAUGCCAAAUUAAGGUUGUUAUGUACGCUGACGAAAUUGAGCAGUAUGCAGAUAAGCUUAAACUCCUCCAUACCUACCUGAUCUCUACUGCAAGAGUGAAAGUCUCUCCAACUUCAUACAGCAAACCAAUACAUAAAUUUUACUGGAUUCUUGACAAAGAAACAGUAAUUGAACAAAUCAAACCAUCUCAUGAAGUUGAAAAACCACUUCCACCGCCAACCAAGCUGAAUAUCACAAGCUUUGACAGCAUUCCUCAUCUGAUGGUUGAUUCUGCUGCUGAAAUAGAUAUCCUGGAAAUCGUUCUUCGUUGUGGUCCUCAAAAAAACGUCGGUCGCAGUCAUCACAGGUGUCGAGAAAUUACCCUUUGUGACAAUCAGCAAAUUCAGUUUCUCUUCACUCUAUGGGAGGAUUUCGGAGAAAUAGAAGGACAUGAAUUUGCCUCUAAAAUGGCAACAGAGGCAGAUCUGCUUGUAAUCCUCGGAAGGAGUAUAGGAAUCUCUACUUAUCAAGGGUUGUCACUGCAGACUAGAUAGAAUUCCACAGUACGUGUGAAUCUGAAUUACCCACAGGCAAUGGCACUCAUGAACUGGGCAAAAGAAAACAAAACAAUGUUGUUAAGUUGUCCAUCAGAGAAAACCUCAACAAGCUCAUCUAUCGCUCCCAUGAUAGUCACUACUG